AUUAACAUCUUUACAUCUUUCUCCUCACUCCUCGGUUACCGGAAUUCAUGGCUUCUUCUAAAUCCGACAUUUACGAGCCAUUUAUAAACAACGGGACACCCUUAUUACAAUUAUCUGAAAAUCACAGUUUCGAGUCGAGCAACGAGCUUGAAACUGUACUUUUAGAUACAGAAAUACCUUUAUGGAGUAAAUUCCGUUUAGCUACAUGGAUUGAAAUGAAGCUACUAUUUCACCUAGCUGCUCCUGCAGUUAUGGUUUAUAUGAUAAAUUAUGUCAUGUCAAUGUCUACUCAAAUAUUUUCGGGACAUUUGGGUAAUCUUGAACUUGCUGCUGCUUCACUUGGAAAUACUGGGAUUCAAGUUUUUGCUUAUGGACUAAUGUUGGGAAUGGGAAGUGCAGUUGAAACACUAUGUGGACAAGCAUUUGGAGCAAACAAAUAUGAUAUGCUUGGAAUUUAUCUUCAAAGAUCAACAGUUCUGUUAACUCUAACAGGAAUUUUACUAACUGUGGCGUACAUUUUCAGCAAGCCAAUUUUGAUAUUUCUAGGCCAAACAGAAAGAAUUGCAGAUGCAGCCGCAAUAUUUGUGUAUGGUUUAAUCCCUCAAAUAUUCGCCUACGCCAUCAAUUUCCCGAUCCAGAAGUUUCUCCAGGCACAAAGCAUCGUAGCACCGAGCGCAUACAUCUCCGCCGCAACACUAGCAUUGCAUUUAGUGCUAAGUUGGGCGGUGAUUUACAAAAUCGGGCUUGGGUUACUUGGUGCUUCAUUAGUAUUGAGUUUGUCAUGGUGGAUAAUAGUAAUAGGCCAAUUUGUGUAUAUUGUGAAAAGUGAGAGGUGUAAACAGACAUGGAAAGGGUUCAGUUGGCGGGCAUUUUCCGGCUUGCCGGGGUUUUUUAAGUUGUCGGCGGCGUCGGCGGUGAUGCUGUGCUUGGAGACAUGGUAUUUUCAGAUUGUGGUGUUGCUUGCUGGAUUGCUUGAAAAUCCUGAAUUGGCUUUGGAUGCUCUUUCUAUUUGCAUGACAAUUUCUGGUUGGGUCUUCAUGAUAUCAGUUGGAUUCAAUGCAGCAGCAAGUGUGAGAGUGAGCAAUGAACUAGGAGCAAGGCAUCCAAAAUCAGCAGCUUUUUCUGUUAUCGUGGUUACGUCAUGGUCUUUCAUUCUCUCGGUCAUUGCUGCAAUCAUCGUGCUUGCAUUGCGUCGCCUCAUCAGUUAUGCCUUUACCGAGGGUGAAGUUGUGGCUGAAGCUGUCUCGGAUCUUUGUCCAUUGCUUGCGGUUUCCCUCAUACUCAACGGAAUUCAGCCUGUCUUAUCAGGUGUGGCUGUUGGCUGCGGAUGGCAAACCUUCGUGGCCUAUGUCAAUGUAGGCUGCUAUUACGUUGUCGGGGUUCCAUUGGGUGCUCUUCUAGGCUUUUACUUCAAACUUGGUGCUAAGGGUAUAUGGUCAGGAAUGCUGGGAGGUACAGUGAUGCAAACAAUCAUUUUGAUAUGGAUUACCGCUCGAACUGAUUGGAAUAAAGAGGUGGAAUCAGCUCAGAGUAGGUUGAAAACAUGGGAUGACAAAAAAGAACCAAUUCUAGAGGAAUAGAUGAAUCUUGGAUGGACAAAAAGGAGAUUCAUUCCAAAGGGUUUUUCCACGUUCUCUUACAAAUGGGGUUUCUACAAAGCCUAAUAAUGCAGGAAUAGUACCAAUUUUUGAAUGAACAUGACCAAGAAUCAAGAUAAUAAUCAUGAAGUUGAUAUAGAAAAGGCUUUGGCAGGAGAAGGUCCAAAAUGUUUUAAAAUCCUCAUUUAGAAACUUGAACAUAGGAAGAUGUACUCGUAAUAUUAGCGCAAGCUGACCCAAACACUACGAUUAUUUAAAAAGAAUUUGUACGUGUAAUAUUUCCCACGCAUUUAAGCUGAAACUUUUCACUGAUAUAUUUCUUUUGGGAAGGAAAUGCAUCUUUGUAACUUGUUUGCUAGUAUUACUUUUCAAAAUUUUAA